GUUCACUGCUCUUCAGAGAGUCUAUAAGAUGCCACACUGCCCUGCAAACUCAUCACUUCACUGAAAUCUGGUCACAGUAAGAAGCCUAAGUCAUGUCUGGAAAGAUGGUUAUGACCCAGCCCAGGCCCCUCAUCAUGACCACAACAUCCAACCAGUGGACCUCGGGCAUCUGCGAUUGCUUCCAAGACCUGCCUCAGUGUUGCCUGGCCUUCUGGUGUCUUCCCUGCUUCACUUGUAAGACAGCACAUGAAGCUGGGGAGUGUCUGUGUUUACCUCUGCUGGAUGCUUUUGGAGUCAUCCCUCCAAUGACCACAGCCCUAAGGGUAUCAGUACGCCAACGAUAUGGCAUUGAGGGUACAAUUUGCAAUGACUGUGUGUACUCCUUUUUCUGCGGGCCCUGCACCUGGUGUCAAAUAUCAAGAGAAAUCAAAACGAGGACGAAUCCCAUUACUUUGAUCAAUUUGACAGCCUCAUAAGAACGAAAUGCUGAAUUCCCCGCAGCAUCUUUAUUACUAGCAAUCUGUUUCAAGCAUGUCUGCCUCUGAGGAAUGUCGCGGAGCAGCUGAUUAAAGAUCAGCACAUGAGGGUCCUAAGUGUUGCAUCACUUAGUGAUAAAGACAACAGAUAAGCAGAUACUUGGCCUUGGGUUUAGUCAUCCACUUACAUAACUCUCUUCCUCCACCACUUAAAGGCUGUUUAAUAUGUUCCUUUGGUGGUAUUGGUUGCUAUUCCAUAAAAGUAUUUAUAUAUGCUUAUAAAUGGGCUUAUUUUGACUUGUUAUAUGAUGAUAACUUUUAAUUAUGUGGUAUGGAACUAGAGAUGCUGACCUGUCAAAAACAGAUAUCUAUUGGAUGGAAGUUUGGUACAGAAAUUCAUGAUCCCCAGAGGAUGAAUCCUCCGACUUUGGUGAUCUCCCAACCUUUGAUUUAGAUUACUAUUUAAAUAUUUCCGAUACUUUUGUUUAUGACCAAAUACAUUCAAAACAAAGUUGGUUGGUGCCCUGCCAUUGUUCCAACAGCUCAUUAUUCCGAAACCCCAUUAAUCCAAAAAGUGUCCCAGUGGUCCAAAAGCCCAUGUGUCCAAUAGACCAUUUCUCCAAAACACAAAAUCCCCCUGUAGUUAGAAAGAUUCAUGGCAUUUAAACCUUUGGCGUGGCUGCAAUAACAUUUUUAUCUGCUAUGGCAAAGGCAAUACCUGUCCUACUCUGCCUCUGAUUGGAUUACUCUGACCCUUACCCUUACUCAAACAAAUCUUACUGCUUUGCAAAAAUCUGACCAAACCAACCAACAAAAGCAACAAGUACUAGCCAAUUUGAGGCAUGGUAGGGCAGGUCAUGCCUUCACCAACAUUUAUAAUAUUUCGCAUUUAUUUUUUAGCCUGUUUUAGUUGCAUUGGUCUUUUAGUAUUUUACAUUUAAACAGGAUGUUGUGAGUCAGCUUGAACAGCUCAAAAGUUAAUACAGCAGACCUCAGUGUGAAAACCACACAUGCAAGUCUGCCUGGGUUAAAUCAUGCAUUUAGGUGUUAAAUGCCAGCUUUUGCUCCAUGUGAUCUAACUGGUGAGUUGCUAGCAUUAAAAAAGUACACUAUAGUACAGUUUCUCAAAAUAAUAGGCUUGUAGAUGAGUAGGAUGAAUGAUUGUAUAGCCUGCAUGCAAGGAAGUUUGAUAGUUGUUUUGAUAAAUUGUAAUAGUAUGUACUAGGCUUGUGAGUAAAUGGUGUGAACGCUGUCAUGGGGACUGAAAUGAGCCAUAUCAUGAUACAGAACAAUUGAAGGAAGUAAAGGUUUUGAACAAGCGAGCGUCCCAGGGGCUCUGCUCAGAUAUUUGGGCUUGAAGUCAACUUUGAAAAGGUGCAACGAAUGUAAAAGGCCUCCCAUGAGGAAUAAACUAUAAUAAAUGUU